AUGAUCAAGCUUUUUGAGCUUUCAACUUAUGAUGCUUGUUACAAAGAAGGUAGUAAAACUUCUCCGUACUGUGCAAAAAUAUUAGAAAAUAAUUCAAAGAGAACUUUUACAUAUGAAGCUGAACAUAAACGAUAUAUCAAAAGAUCUGCUGAUCCAUUAGAAGACGAAUUAUCUUAUCACGGUUUAGUCUAUACACCAAAACCUCGUAAACGUAACCCACAUUCAUUUAUAAAAGAAAAGCGUACCUUUAAGCGUGAGGAAACGUCAACUAAAAGUCCAACUAUUAAUACCACAUCAACAUCAACUAAAAGUCCAACCGUUAAUACCAAAUCAACAUCAACUAAAAGUCCAACCGUUAAUACCAAAUCAACGUCAACUACAAGUCCAAUCGUUAAUACCACUAGUUCAUCAACGACAAAAGAGACUGAAGAGGCAGAAGAUGUAAUAUUGGAAAUAGCAUUCAGUUUGGCUAAAUUAAGAUAUAUUUUUCCAAAUCCACCACCAGUGAAAUUUAAUUCGAAUGGAUGGCCUGAUAAAGAUGUUUAUGAUCCUGCAUUGGAUGAAAUGUUUUGGUGGAGAAAUGAUCCGGUAUUAAAUGAAUUUCAUGAACAUUGGCAUAUAGUAAUGAUGACUGUUACGGAUAGUAUACCAAGGAAUCGAGAAGCUUUACCUGACUAUUUUACACCAAUACCCGAACCAUUUUAUCCCCAUCCAUUCUUGGUACAAGAUUGGUAUGAUGAAAAAGUUCAUUUUCCGGCCCGUCCUGCUAAUCAAUCAUUUCGUGAUAUUGGUCGAGUAAUUGAAUGGAUUGAUGGUGGAACAAAUGAAGAAUUUCAGACUCCAUUAAAAUUGGAUGAUUCUGGUUCUGCUACGCUGGCUCUCGAUAUAGAAACAAAUUUGCAUAAUUAUGGUCAUGAAUUUGUACUUGUUGGUGCACGUGCCGGAAUACGUGAUCCGUUAUUUUGGAGAUGGCAUCGUCAUAUCGAUGAUUUACUUUUACGAUGGCAAGAACGUUUUGAGCCACCCGAUUUUCAUCACGAUGCACCAAACGUUACUAUUCGUCAGACUGACAUCAUACUAUCUUUCACAGAUAUACUCCUCAAAGUUUAUCCAGCUGGUCAGAAGGAUAAAUGGAGUAAAUUUGGAACAAAAACUUUUGGUGGUAGUAAUUUUGAUGUUGAUUUUACUUAUAGUUCCAUUGUUACCAAUGAGUUCCAUACUAAAAUGAAAUAUAGAGAGUACGUAUGGAGAGAAGAUUUAUUUACCAAAGAAAACAUUUCUUAUGUAUUUCCUAGAGAUUGGCAAUAUUUUUUACGAGUCACUAAUGAAGCUGAUAUUGUUUCAAUUAUUACAUUCCGAAUAUUCAUUGUUCCUGAAGAAUUUGCCGACUCCAGAGUACAUUGGAUAGAAUUAGAUAAAUUUAAAGCAAUUCUUCAACCUCUUGAAAAAGCAGUUAUCGUUCGUGAAUGUGAUAAGUCUAUAAUAAUUCGUAAACCAGCUCAAAAAAAUGAAAGUCAAUUUGAUGAUACUCAGAUUACUCCUAGUAUCAAACAAGCAAAUUUGGCCCUUACCGCUCAAGAUAAAUCCGAAAAAUCAUUUUGUGAUUGUGGAUGGCCAUAUCAUAUGAUUUUACCUAGAGGUAUUAAAGGUGAAGGAAUAAAAUUUAAAUUGUUAGUUUUUAUUUCGGAUGGUACAAAUGAUAUGGUCCCACUUUAUGAUCAAUGUGGAAGUACAGUUUUAUGUGGUGGUGAAAAAUGGGCUGAUAGAAUUCCUGAUGCUAGGCCUUUGGGUUAUCCAUUUGAUAAACCAUUCAAAAAUGGUUCUUAUGAAGAAACUUUUAAAGGACUACAUAAUGUUGCUAUUAGAAAUGUUUCAAUCUUAUGGAAAGAUGAUGAUUUUCCUGAUUUUUAG